AUGAGGAGACUGCUCGUGCUUGCUUUGAUAGGCGGUUUCUAUCUAACAAGUGGAUACGUGAUCCAAUCAGUGGAGGAGGACAACGAAUACCCUCCUCACUACGAGGUACAUUUAUGGGAGGGAAAGCAGCUAACGCUGGCAGAUUAUACAAACAGAAAGCUGUACUUUCCUCGCUGGUACUAUGAAGGACGACUUCUCACCGACCCGCGCUGCCGUGUGACGCAGAUCAAUCUGGUGUGCCCUUCUGUAUCGCUCCACGAUAGUGGCCGGUACGAGUUGGUAGCAACGGAUCGAAACGAUCGCCGGUACCUCGUAAUGUCGGUGCAAGUUACCGUGACCAGGGCUGUACCGGAACCUCGAGUGUUCGAACCGGUGUCACGGUUUGUAGAGGAGGUUGAGCGAGUGCCAGCUCGCCAGGACCUGUAUUACGACGAUUGCUUCUGCUCGGGCAUAACCGGACGCUGUCGGAUGGCGGAAGAUCUUUACCGAUCUGUGCACAACUUCAACCUCUCCAGUGCCGAACCUAUCGAGCGUAUCUUAAGUGCAACGGAUACCACACCGGAACGGUGCAUUGCCAUCCCGGGUAGCGUUUGGGCCGGGAACCUCAUCACGUCCUACGGCGGAUACCUUCGCUUUCCGGUCACCAACGAGUGCUACGUGGAGCGAACGAAACCGUGCAUCAUACUCGCCGACAAGCACGGCCUAGCGAUCGGACACUUUCUUCCGCCACGCCACGAUAAACGUCCGCUGAGUGUGCACAUGAAGGAAUCGAGCUGGAAGUUGCUGAACGCAACGGAAGAGUCCGGGACGCAGCCCGACACGUACGGCGCAGCGCCGGUGGACAAGUUCACCUUCAUGUCGGUGCUGAGCCACAUCCACACGGUGUACAUUCGGGGUCGGUACCGCUCGCAUGAGGACAACGUGCUGUCGAUCGACCUGGCGUCACCGUACGACGAGGGAUUGGGCAAGGUCAGCACGGUCGAGGAAUGCUUGUGCCACCGGGGCUACGCGGGUCUGUCGUGCGAGCGUUGUGAGAGGGGUUACACUCGAGAUGACGAAAUGAUCAGCUCGACUGGAGUGUGCAUAAGCCUUUCCGAUCUGUGGCGUUCCAUCAAGCGGAAGUACAAUGUUGAUUAAUGUCCUAGCCAUAAUCGCAAUAGUUCUUGUAAUGAUGGUUGGGUUGUCAAUCUAAUUACGAAAUAAAGGAAUU